AUGGCCCUGGAAAAAUAUCGCGGCUUCUGCUGGACUGCUCUCGAUAAUGCCACAGAUGCAUGGCGCGACGGCUCUUUAGGGGAAUAUAUCAAGGCUGGUCCAAAGUUGUGCGCAUUGGCCGAUCCUAGUCCCAACCAGGACGGCCCCGUUACUCUCGCACAGCUGGAAGCACGUAUGACCCAACUACUUGAGUCGCUCAAAGCUCGCCCACAAUCUACAUACAUGGAUUUAGCCGGUUCUUCUCUGAUCACUUACGCAGCGCUCAUAGAAAAGGUUCUCUAUCGGGCGAUACAUAUCCCGAUGGAAUGGUCAGACGGGGCACAAAUGCUCUAUGAGCUCGAGGCAUGGAAUGCCACUCUGGCAGCCAAGUCCCUAGACCUCUCGUGGAGCGAACAUUCCGAGAAGCCGCCAUAUUCCCAUGUCCCGCCUUCCAGCGAACUCGAACUUCUCGUGAUCUGUUCCGAUCCGUAUGAUGCGCCCUUUUCAGAAGGACUUGACUGGUAG